GGGCGACGCGGUACCUCGCCGCGAAACCGGUGAACGGUUACCAACCAACCGGCGAGGAAGAAGUACUCUGCAAGUCCUCAGCUUACCGGUAAGCCAGCGGUACGUUCUUGAGGCGAUAAACCGGGUGCUACUCAUCACCGCAUGAUGAUAACCACGGUAUAAAAAACAUAACUCACGACAACUGUGAUGAUGGUACUCGAAUACUUGUGACAGUGCUUACGAUAUAGUGAUCGGUGUGAAACUUGGGCAGUACUACUUUUUGGGACUUCUCGUUUGGCGAAGCAGGAAGAGUUUGGGAUUUAUAGGGGGAGUUCCUAGCGGCGGUUCGCAGCGGCACCAAGGACCUCCGUCCCGUGCUGCGCUCCUCGGAAGCAGGGCGUACGAUAGUCUCAACAGGACCUCGUCUAGUUAGAGACACGCAGAAGAGCAACAAAGUUGUUGACACCGAAGAUACCAGGGAAUUGAGUUGCGUCAGACCAGAUGGAAAGAUCGUCACCGAAACCCAACGGACGACUGAACAUGAAGAAACCAAGGAUGAAGACCUAUCUGAUGAUGAGCCGGACGUGAAUCUUCAUAAGGAGAGCUCGGAAAGGUACUUGAAGACGCGCGAGCAGGAAGACGUAGACUACGUGCAGAACGGAGUGAACGUAGGCCACGAGAUGAGGUUUAAAACGGAAACCAUGGAGGUGGAGAGGCGCGGAGAUGGAGUGGACGAACCUGACGUUUUCGAUUCUCUCUCGGCUAGAGCUAGAAGGAGAGCGGUCAAUAGGCAACCUCAUAGAUAUAGAGGCAUCUCCGAGUGGUCGGAACGCCGCCACGACAACCGUUACUCCUCUGACCGUAUCUCUCCCUCUCCGUCACCUUAUCGUCACCACCCACACUACGCUUCGGAUCACCACCCCCCACCACGUCAAUCUCCAUCGCCCGAUUACCGUUAUUCCCCUCCUUCGCCGCGCCACUCCCCGAAUUAUCGCGGCGUGAGGCAUUCGCCAUCUCCGGACUACAGACGACAUUCCCCCACCCCUGAUUAUGGGCGGAGCAUUUCGCCGCGGAAGGAGGUGAUCGUGCCUACCCCGCCCCAGAGAAAGAAGAGCGAGAAGCAACGGCAGAGGGUGGCGGAGGAGAGGAGCAGGUAUGACAGCGGUUACAGAAGCUCCCGGACGGAAGAUUACCGAGACGUGCGCGACCAGAAAAUGGAACGUCUGGAAGAACCACCCCCCGAUUAUUCCCCGCCCAGCCCGCCGCCUAUGCCAGUCGACAAAAAGCACACGCAGAAAACCAGAUUCGCCAUAGAUACAACACCCACAAAGCCGCAUAAAAGCGGAAACAUUAUAGGCCAGUCCAUCCGCAAACUCGUAGGCAAGAUCCGCUCAGCAUCAGCUGAACGCAAAGCUCGGCAACAGCGUGCCAAAAGGUCUCCAAGCCCCUCGUACCAACCAGGACAUGUGAUAGACAGUAACAUCGGCAACAAUGGAAGUACUAAUGGACAUUCAAGCGAACGCCCUGUACAAAGGUACUAUCUAGGUGAGGAUCCCUUCGCCGGCAGUAUUUAUGGCAGGGAGAAUAAGUACGAUGGUGUGGUACGACCCGCAAGAAAUUCAAAACGUCAAACAAACGGGAGUCAUCCUGGAGACGAAAGGAGAUCCCAGAGUACUCUCGGUAGGUUCAGUAAGUCGACGGGUCGCUUGGUGAACAGUUCCGUGGCGGACAACAGGAGUUCGCAGACGUUGCCUAGACAUCUCCACAAGCAGAGCGACUCGCCUUCGAAGUUGGGUACUCGAUCUAACAGCACCAUCAACAUCUCCAUCAUCAAUACGCCGAGGAAGCUAGAAGGACCUGCGAAGCCUGCUCGAACGUACAAGUCGAACUUAUCCAGGAGUCAGAGUUUCAACGUCCAAGCUGGUUUGGAGACUCAGAGAAACAACAUGUACACGAGCAACCCGCAUCUCAACAAGUUGGAAGACUCGGGGAUCGGGCUGAAGAGUCCUGGACUGAUCUCGAGCCUGAAUAGGAGCCACAAGGACUUGAACGGCGACGAUAUAUACACUUCCCGUUUCGCGAGAAACGGUACCAGUGACUACGUGGACUCCAAGAGAGGGUUCUUGUCCAGUUUCAGAGAGAAGACUCCUGAGUACUGGAAGCCAAACACCUACAGUACGCCUGUGAGAAAUGGUAAGGGGUAUAGCAAUGGGAACAUUUAUGAGCCACCAACGAGGCUUAGAGACAGCCUGUCGCCCAGCCAGUCCAUUGUACGAAGAGGCAGCAGCUCCAGUACAGACUUUUCUGAAACGUACCACACCACCACCAGAAAUGACGAUCCAGUCCGACCGAGCAUCACCGAUACGACCAAGAGCUUUUCUAAGAAAACCAUACCGUCCAAAGAUGGAAAAUCGGUAGAAACCAUCCAGUCUAGUGAGUUGAAAUCGGUCACCAAGAGUCACUUCAGGGGAAGUACCCCGACAAGGAACUACUACGAAGAAAGAAGAUAUAACUCUGGAACCACCAAUCCGGUGAUGAUCGAAGUGAGAAAUUACAGGAAAUAGAAACUUGCGCCAGUUGAUGUGUGUUUUUUUUUGUGUGGAAUUCAAUGUGUUGUCUUCGUAUCCUAGUGCCAUCACAAUAUGGUGAUACAAUUAGUACAGUUUGAUCAACGUCAAACUGUAUUUUAUAUUCACUUCGGCCUGGUGUUUUUCAAUUAUCUUUUGUUCUGCCACAAAUUAUUAACCGAAUCGUUAGAUUUAGUUGUUAUUCUAAACCUCUUUAAUUAUCUUGAGAGCACUGAAAAAAAACCUCAUGGGUUCUGUCAAAAAUUUUCCCUAAGGCGUUCAUUCUAAAGAUGCAUUUGUCAUUUUUGCAAAAAAAAGAAGAUACACUACUACUUUUGAUUUUAAACAAAUAUAAGAACAUCUGUGAGCCAAUACAUCAAUUUUACUUGAAAGCUUUAUGGGUAAUCUAAAUCUAGUGAGCAAAUUCGUGUGUCGAAAGAUAUACAAAAAUAUGAAGGUUCAAUCUAAGUUUUUUGCACAUGACUGUAACUUUUGUUAGUCCUAGGUGUACAUCACUGUUUGCUAGGAAAGAAUCGAAGAGUUUUUUAUUUUACCCAAAUAAUACCCAUCUGUCACUUAGAGUGUAGAAUGAUGAUCUAUGUGCCUAUAUUUCUUAUAGUACUUCUAAUUUUAACGUUUUAUAUUUAUGUGUUGCUACACAAAAAUCUCUGACUAAAAUUGAUUAUUGUAUAUAUUAGUCCUUUUAAAAAAUGCAAUAACGACUUUGUCAUAUUUUUAAUAUAUUCUGAUAACUCGA